AUGAUACCGUUCCUAGCCUUCUUUCCCUGGAUCAUGCGAAUCUUGGAAGCUCUACCUCAAAGUCUAACUUCAAGACUGAGUUUAGACUACGAACAAUUCUUAGCCGAGAAGAAUGUUUGUCCUUCUCCCGACCUUUUCCCACCAACAACUACUGCCUCAUUCGAAGACCGCCAACACAGAACCAUUUUCCACGACAUCCUCGACAGCAAACUCCUACCAGAAGAGAAAUUUCUUGACCGUCUCGCCGAUGAAGCAGCUGUAACGCUGUCAGCUGGGACUCUGACCACAGCUUGGGUCCUCGCCGUAGCAAUUUACUACAUGCUGGCGAACCCUCUCCUCCUCAAGAAACAAAAGCUUGAACUCGAAGCUGCUAUUCCAGAUCCUUCUCAACAUACACCUUUGGCGACACUUGACACACGUCCUUAUCUCAGAGCCGUUAUUCAAGAAUCGAUCAGACUAGGAUAUGGAGCUCCGGGUCGAGUAUGCCAUAUUGCGCCAGAUGAAACGAUGCUCGUCUCUAGCUCUCGAGAUCUAGCCAUUCUGCCAGCAACACCGACAUGUAUGACAGUGUAUUUGAUGCAUCACGUCGAAUCCAUCUUUCCCUCGUCUUACACCUUCAAUCCCGAGCGCUGGAUCGAGAAUCCAAGAUUGGAUAAGCAUCUCUUUGCGAUAUUUAGAAGUUGGGGGAGUAAAGAGUGUAGAUUUGAGAGCGAUAAGGGUGUGCUCAAGUUGUGGGAGACGGAAACGUGGGAUGUAGAGUUAGUUGGUGCAAUGGUUUUGACGAAGGUUUGGAAUGGGACGAAGGGAGUGAGAAUCAGGGCGAGGAAGUGA